AUUCAAGUAAUGACGUGUCUUAAAAGAACCAGAGCCCGAAGAGACGCAUGCAACUCGAUAUGUUUCGUAUUUGUUUAUUUUGUAACAUAUUGAGAAUUUACUGUUGAGGUUAAGUGCAGUGUGAUGCGGAGAGAUAUUUUACUGAUUGUGCUGACACUGGUUAAUGUUGGCAGUUUUCACGAAGAAAAACCAGAUACACUGCUUUGCCGUCAGUGUGGUGCUGAUGUAGGACAUUCGAAGCACAUAUUUAAUAUUUACAGUCCCUCUGGGACUGUUCUUCGUAACCAGACGUGGUUUGGUAAAAAGUUUGUUGAUGUUCACAUUUUCGAAAAUCCAUUGGGUAUUAAGUUCCGCGUUGUGACGUUAGCUAAAGCUGAAUGUGUUGGAAUUAAUGAAUGGCAAAGAGAAUAUACUUGGUUUCCUGGUUAUGCAUGGAAAAAUUGUAUGUGCUCUCAUUAUGGUCACCAUUUAGGAUGGAUGUAUGAGCCUUUAGCAACUGCCAAUAACAGACAGUCAUUUCCUUCAAGUGAAGGUUUUUAUGCAUUGAUAGUGGACGAUAUCAUAUCAGAGAGCUUUGCAGAUUCCCUUAUUUUACCGAAGUCAUCUCGGUGAAGAUUGUGGAGUAGUUCUAGAAAACAAUACGAAAAUAUCACAAAGUUCUCCAUAUCUACAGUGUUUUUCUUCUCUGGUUUUCAACCGUGUAAAAUUAUUUGCGUAGUUGAAGAAACAGCAAGUGGAAGCAGUCAUGGAUUCAGAAAAUAAU